AAAAUAUAUUCACAUAGUUUACCCCAACAAUUUCAGGCCAUUCCCUAUGGCGCGAGACGUUCCCAUGAGGUUGGAAAGAAGCCGGACAACAAGAACAAGAACCGCUUUGUCGCUCUGUAUUCCUAUGACCAUUCCAGAGUCGUGCUGACGGAGGGAGGAGACUAUAUCAACGCUAACUACAUCACAGGACAUGAUGACACUACCAUGUACAUAGCAACACAAGGUCCGACACCUGCAACGAUCACUGACUUCUGGCAGAUGGUGUGGCAAGAGAAUGUCAUGGAAAUCGUCAUGCUGACAAAUCUGAUGGAAAAGAAAAAGAAAAAGUGUGCACAAUACUGGCCUGCUGAACAUAGGAGUUGCCGCUAUGGAAGCUUCAGCGUGACCAACAAGACGGCAGUCGUGAGACCUGACUAUAUAGCCUCAACAUUUCUGGUUACAAAAACUACUGAAGAGCGACUUGUCAGACAUUUCCACUUCACGUCUUGGCCUGACCAUGGUGUUCCUUCUGCCCCAGCUCUGGUCAACUUCUGGAGACUGGUCAAACAGGCUGAUACAGAGGGAAGACCCUUGGUCGUUCAUUGCAGCGCUGGCGUUGGCCGAACAGGGACAUACAUUGCUCUGGAUCAUCUGAUGGACGAGGCUGACAGUGACAACAAAGUCAACGUGUUCUUGUGCGUGGGGAAGAUGAGAGAAGCACGGAUGAACAUGGUCCAAACAGUCAGCCAGUAUGAGUUCGUGCAUGAUGUUGUGUUGGAAGCAAUACGAAGUCGAGGAACGUGCUACACGUUGGCGGAGUUUGAAAAAGAGUUUGGCCAAGAAGCGACGUUUACUGAACCACAGGACACCAAACUCAGAAAACAAUUUUUGUUACUGCAAGACGUUACGUCCAGAGUGGCAGAGGAAGCCACAUCGACAAGUCUUCUGCCUGAAAAUACUUCUGAAAACAGGAGUCCAAAUAUACUUCCGGGAAGCAAGACGAGACUUCAUCUGAGUAUACCGGUUCACCAGCGCAAAGACUACAUCAAUGCUGUAGUUUUGUCUUCUGUUCUCCGGCCCAGCAACCUGAUAGUCACCAAGACACCCCUGCCAGACACCGUGGUGGACUUCUGGAGACUUGUGUACGACCAUGACUGUCGUACCGUUAUCUGCCUGGAUGACUCCAAGAAGGUGAAGAACGUAUAUCCCAAAGAAAACCAAAACUUUAAACGGGGACCAUUCACUAUUGCACAUGCGAGCGAGGAACCAAGCCGGGAGAUGUAUACACAGAGAAGGUUUACCGUUGUCUACAAGGGCUGUGAGCGACCCGUCGAUGUGUUCAGUCUCAAGUGUCUUAACAUGAUGUCCCAACCAGCAUCACUACUGGAGUUGGUCAACAGCGUGCACAUGGUCAUCACUUCCGCUGACCACAAAGUCCUUGUCCAUUGCCAUGACGGCGCUAGUGUGAGCGUCGUCUUCUGCAGUGUCCUGAACAUCAUCAGCAGACUGAGGCUGGACGGGGACGUGGACAUCUUCCUCACCAUCCGGGAACUGCAGCGUGUUAGACCACAGUUCAUGCAGUCCUUUGAGUACUACCAGCUGUGUUACAACAUGGUAAAGGAAUACAGCCGUGCGGCCAGUAUCUACGCCAACAUGUGACCACUGCUAUGAGGGCCCUUACAUGUCAUGACAUUUCUUUCUAGAACAUGACGCUGGAUCUAUUACAAGUGUGUGUGUUGAUGCUGAUGUCUGUGUCUGUGUUCAAAGGCAUUCCCUUCGUGGCAUGUCCGUUCUGGAGUAAUUUCACAAUGGUCAGUUGGCUGAAUCUGACCGUUCAUGAAAUUUUAACGUCAGCUUUAUUCCAAGACAUGUGCUGAUGAUAAAACUGACAUUUUCUCGCUUGUUAUUAUGCCCUAAACGUUUUACAAUCCAACUGCGCUUGUACAGUUUGUUCUACCUGAAGAAUCGAGUUCGAUUCUAUGCAGUGUGUGAAGUCCAUUCGAGGUGUCCCUCUUAUCUUGCUGGAAUAUUGUAAAAAUCGGCUAAAACUAUGCACACUCGCUCACUCACCCAGUAAUAUCCUUGCUGGCAUGUAUCUGUUAAGGAUGACUAUCAUUUAGUAUGGAUCACAACAUUCUUUGUACUUUUUAUUAUUCCCCCGGUAUCUGACACAAGGGACAUAGUUAUGCGCUUGUCUGUCCGUCCCUAAUGUUUUUCUUUCCGAGCCAUAUCCCUUAACUAAUAGACACUCUUUCAUAAAUAUUUGUACACACAACUGGUGCUUUUUGCUGUUAAGGGAGUUUUAGAACUUUAGUUUUUCCCCGAUUCCACGGAAUGUGACCAUUAACUCUCAUCAAAAUUGUGUGUUUGUCCGGAAUUCAUCUCUAAGACUAACAAGAAUCUAAUUAUCAAAAUUGUCACACACAGAGAUCAGAUUGUCAAGUGCCGUCUUUUUCCAAUUAAGGACUUUUUAGAAUUUGCAUUUUGUCACAUUUCCGUGGAAACAAGUUUGACUUGGCUCAUAACGGUGUGCUGUCCCUGUUUCAUAUGUCCCUGAAUAAAAGGUAUUCUUUCAUGAGACUUUGUACACAAAACACAGUUUUUCAACCAACUAGUUCUUGCUGCUAUUUAGGGAAUUUAAAAAUACGAUUUUGUUUCCAUGGCAACAA